UACAUUUGCAACGUGCUUUUUGCAGAGAUCUAAUUUUUAUCGAUAGAAAUUUCAUUCCACAUUUGUUUGUUUGUUUUUGUUCAUCGGCGGCUAAUACACCAAUAAAAUUGUCUUGACGCAAUUUGUUAACUUCCGUCAUGUUUAUUGUUUUGAUAACGUCAUAAAACGGCUUAAAAAGGUUUCGGUUCCCAGAGGACAAGCACAAGUCUCUCAAACCAUGGCCAUGCGAGUGCUAGUUUUUGCACUAGUCUUGGUGUCGGCGGCGGCACUUCCGUCCAAAAAGGGAGGCUGCGCCGCACCAACCACCACUCCGAAGCCAACCCCGAAACCUUGCAUCGCAAAUCAUGGAACUACCGUGGACUGCAGCAAAGCAGGUUCAAAUCUUGAGUUAGAGCAAAGGCAAACAGGAUUGUACUAUUUUAAUAACAGUGUUGUAACCUGGACGGAAGCCUACGAGUUUUGCAAAACCAACAACAUGCACUUAGCAAAUGUGUAUAAUCAGACGAUUUAUGAUGAUCUGUGGCUAUCGUCUGACGGCUCGAAUGAUCACUAUCACUACUGGGUUGGAGGUUCGGACAUCAAUUUUGAUUCGACCGACGUCAGGUGGACGGACGGAACUCCGGUGAAUCAAAGUCUGUGCACUUGUGAUCACAAACGCAGAGCAAAAGUCCCUUUCGCCAUGGCCAAGCUGGUGCUAAUUUUUGCACUGGUUGUGGUGUCAGUUGCUGCCCUUCCGUCAAAAAAGGGAGGCUGCGCCGCACCAACCACGACCCCAAAGUCCACGACUACGAAGCCAGCAACCAUCACAACUUCUUUGGCAACAACCACGACUCCAAAACCUUUGACGUGUACAACGAUUAAUGGCGAAACUUUUGAAUGCAGCAAAUCAGGGGUGAACCUCGAUUUAGAGCAAAGAGAAACUGGAGUGUACUAUUUUUAUAGAGGCGACAAAACCUGGUUUGAAGCCGACGAAUUUUGCAAAGAAAAUAACAUGCACUUGGCAAAUGUGUAUAACAUGACGAUUUAUGAAGAUUUAAUGAAAAAUGUUAACGGCAGCUUUAACUAUCACUACUGGGUUGGAGGCUCGGACAACAAUUUUGACAAGGGUGACGUCAGGUGGACAGACGGAACGCCGGUGGAUCCCGAAAUGUGGAUUAACCAGCCAAAUCCUUCAUCAGACAACUGCGCAAUGUUUUGCUUCCCAUUGGACCCGAUUCCUUGCAACUGGUUGCAUAGUUUAGCAAUUGCAAAUUAUGGAUUCAUUUGUCAAGUACCGCAAUGUUGUCUGUCGUAAGUCCAUAACCAGCAGUUGACAUAAUUCUUGAGUGAGACAUGCAUUUAUCAAAAAUUGAGAUAAAUAAUUUUGCUACAUUUAAAAGAAAAUUAAGAAGCAUGUAUAAUUGGGAAUACUCUAAAGAUAUGCAAUUAUUUGUAGGUGUUUUUUUUAAACAAAGAAAAACAUAAUAAAUGCAGAU